AUGGUGGAACAGCACCCAGUGUUUGAGAAGCUCGUUCUGCCAGAUCUACCGCUGCAUCCAGGACUGCAAAAUCAGGCGCCCGAUGUCCUGAACAACGCCGCCAAUUUUGUCAGCGAUUCUCAGCUGGAUCUGUUAACAGUUUCCGGAUCAAACAGCCAUAUUAGCUACGCCUGCGAUCAGAAUGAUAUCCAAGUCGAGGCUGCAAUUGAUUCUUUGUCGAUUAACGAAAAUGAACCCUCGAUCAUCAUUAUAUGCGCAAAGCUCGAGGCCAACGAUAGUGCCACAUAUGGUCAGCAGACUUUGAUGUCCAGAAGUCUUGCUAUGAAGAUCUUUGAACGUUUCGAUAUCAACGCUGCCUUUGUUCUCGAUCUUGUAGGGCGGCCUAAUUACUGGUCUGCUUUCUCGCAGGUCAAGUCUGAUCGGGAAGAAAAGAAGGAUGCCUAUGAACUCUUCUGCCAGCAUCCUCGGUGGCAUCAGAAGGGACGAUAUGAUAAGAUGAAAGCCGGCGCCACUCAGGGUAAUAAAGCGCCAUGUUCAAUUUAUAUGAAUUAUUCGGUCGCGAAAAAUCAGACAAUUUACUUGGUAGCGGCGCCUGACGAUGGGAUCUGGUUCUCAUUUCUAGAGGGCAUCAACGUCAGCAAUAGUGCCGUCGAUGGCUCUUUAUUAUCACCAAAUGAACUUGCCUCGAGCCCCUUUUUGGUCCACGCUCUGAUUUCCAACAUCGCAUUCGAGCAAGCCACUGAAUAUGCCGCUUCAGUGCGCAAUCGGUUGAUGACUCAGCUUAAACAAGUCAACGAUUAUGCUGAUAAUCAAGCUGAAGGUAGCCCAGUAAAACCAGGAGAUCAAGAUGCACGAUCACAGCUACAGCGAAUUACCAUUGAGCUGCAUCAAGUAUCACAGAUGCUAAAUACAGGACUGGCAAGCGCCCAGUCGUCAAUGAGAUUGAGCGAGAGGUUACUGCAGGCGCAUACGCUGUUCUGUGAACGAACGGGACAAGGCAGCCCAGGUACGAGCGUCAGCAGGACGCAAAGCGCCUUCCAGUACGUCAAGGAUGCUUUCGAGUAUCACAACAACUGGCUCAAGUCAUACAAAACGAGAAAGGAGACUGCAAUGAACUUUGUGUUCAACAUGGUUACGCAGCAAGAUAGCUCCACCAACUUGACCAUGUCAUACCGAAUGUCCGAGGACAGCUCAUCGAUGCACUCAAUCACGAUAUUAACAAUGAUUUUCCUCCCGGGAACUUUCACAGCCACGAUUUUUUCAACCGUUGCCUUUCGAGCAAGCGAUGCCGGCGACGCGGAGGUAACUGCAUGGCUUCUCCCAUUUUGCCUUGUGACAGGUGUGCUUACUCUCGUCGUUCUCGGUAUUUGGUAUUUUCGAAGCAGCUUUGGAUCUUGGAGCCAUUCCGUGUUUGAAUGGUACGGCAGACGACAAAGGGGUGUAGGGACUCGCAACCAGAGCGGCAUGAUGGUCUGA